GCAGCUUCCUAUAUUUGACGGAUACCUUUGAAAAUUUCAAAUCAUCUUCCUUAAUUAUUCUCUCAGUCAAAUCAUCAAACACUUAGCCUUCAAUCCACAAAUUCUCUUCUUUUAAGCCCUUUUCCCACCAUUUUUCUUCACCAAAAAUCAUAAUCUCCAUUUAUAGAAGAAAAACAGAGAUGGGUUUUUCAAAAAGAACCUUGUGCGUGUAAAUUUCAAGUCACUUUACCCAAUUUUUCUCUCAGGCAAUUCAUCAAACACUUUUUCUGUAAUCCACAAAUUCUCCUCUUUUAAACCCUUUUUCCACCAUUUCUCAGCACCAAAAACUUAACAAAAAUCAAUUUCUCCAUUUAUAGAAGAAAAAUAGAAAUGGGGUUUUUGAAAGAAGAUAAAAAAACCAGAGUUUUGAGAUGGGUCAAAACUAUUUUUUUCUUGAUUUCUAUGUUGAUUUCACUUUUACUUUUUUCUGCCCCAAUUCUUCUUGUUAUUGCAGAUACACUUCUUCCUUCACUAUUAUUAUCUGCUUCUAUUUCACCAUCUUAUCUAUCUGUUCAAACUUUUACUUCUCAUCUGAGUAAUUAUGAUUUUCGGUAUUCACUCAUUGAUAUUCCUCUCAUCUCCAUCAUUAGGUCCGUCAUCAUUUUAUGUGUUUAUAGCUUAUGUGAUGGACCAAGGCUAUCAAGAGGACCAUAUUUGGGAAUUGCCACAAUUUGUUCAGUGUCAUCUUUGGUGUUUGUAUCUUUGAAGGCUUCAUAUGUGUUUGCACACAGUUCGAGUUUGGAUCGAGGAGGAUACGUUCGAGCUAUGGAGAUGGCGUUAUUCGUAUGCUCGUUAGCGCUAGCCGUUGCACAUGUAGUUGUGGCGUAUCGAAUUAGCUGCAGGGAAAGAAGAAAGCUUCUUGUUUACAAAAUUGAUAUUGAAGCUGUCUCAGCAUUCAAGACCGGAUCAUUUUAUAGAUAUCUUAAAGUUACUCCCAGCAGAAAGAGUGAAGUUAAACUCAAAUCUACAGAGUCCAUAUGCACAUGAAAUUGUUCUUCUGGUUUCUUUCGACCAAAUCCAGUUUCCACAGGGCAGGUUUCAGGUAUAUCCAAAGGAGAUAUCUGAAGCCUGAUUGGUCAAGAGAAAUAGUCUAUAUAUAUAUAUAUAUAUAUA